AUGUCCACCAUCAAAACCCUGGUUGUUGUUGCUGUUAAGAAGCAUUGGUCCAUGUUUCAGUUGGAUUUGGUUUGCAAGUUGCAGAAAUCCCUUUAUGGUCUUAGGCAAGCCUCAAGACAGUGGUAUGCCAACCUCUCUCAAGCCAUGUCUUCUAGAGGUUAUCAGCAUUCUCUCAAUGACUACUCCCUGUUCACCAAGGUUUCUGGGGAUUCUAUUGUGGUCUUAGCUGUUUAUGUGGAUGAUAUUAUUUUAACUGAGACUGAUAGUGCUGAGAUCCUUGCCCUUAAGUCUUUCCUUCACCAGCAGUUCAGAAUCCAGGAUUUGGGUUCCCUCAGUUAUUUUUUGGGUAUAGAGGUUUUCUAUUCAGUAUCCGGGGUUCUCUUACAUCAGAAGAAGUUUCUUCAUGACCUUCUUAUUGAGUUCCAUUAUUCUGAUGUCACACCUGUGGUUUGUCCCCUCCCUCAGUCAGUCAAGCUCACGGCCAAGGAGGGGGUUCCUCUUCCUACACCUGAGGUGAACAGUUCCUUGGUUGGGAAGCUGAAUUUUAUCACCCACACUAGACCUGAUAUCUCUUUUGAUGUGCAACAUCUUUCUCAGUUCAUGCAGUCCCCUUGUGUGCCUCAUUUGGAGGCUGCUUUGCACUUCCUGAAGUACUUGAAGGGUACUGCUGAGUUUGGUAUCUUUCUCAAUAAUACCCCUGAUUUUUCUGUUGCUGCUUUCUGUGAUAGUGAUUGGGCUGCUUGCCCAGAUACUAGGAGAUCUAUAUAA